AUGUCUCACUUCCUCCUGCAUGUCUCACUUCCUCCUGCACGUCUCACUUCCUCCUUCACGUCUCACUUCCUCCUGCGUGUCUCACUCUCUCCUUCGUGUCUCACUUCCUCCUGUGUGUCUCACUUCCUCUUGCAUGUCUCACUUCCUCCUGCACGUCUCACUUCCUCCUGCACGUCUCACUUCCUCCUGUACGUCUCACUUCCUCCUGCACGUCUCACUUCCUCCUUCACGUCUCACUUCCUCCUGCAUGUCUCACUUCCUCCUGCACGUCUCACGUCCUCCUGCACGUCUCCUCACUUCCUCCUGCACGUCUCACUUCCUCCAGCAUGUAUCACUUCCUCCUGCACGUCUCACUUCCUCCAGCAUGUAUCACUUCCUCCUGCACGUCUCACUUCCUCCUGCACGUCUCACUUCCUCCUGCAUGUCUCACUUCCUCCUGCAUGUCUCACUUCCUCCUGCACGUCUCACGUCCUCCUGCACGUCUCACUUCCUCCUGCACGUCUCACUUCCUCCAGCAUGUAUCACUUCCUCCUGCACGCCUCACUUCCUCCUGCACGUCUCACUUCCUCCUGCACGUCUCACUUCCUCCUGCACGUCUCACUUCCUCUUGCACGCCUCACUUCCUCCUGCACGCCUCACUUAUUCCUGCACGUCUCACUUCCUCCUGCAUGUCUCACUUCCUCCUGCACGCCUCACUUCCUCCUCCUGCACGUCUCACUUCCUCCUGCACGUCUCACUUCCUCCUGCACGUCUCACUUCCUCCAGCACGUCUCACCUCCUCCUGCACGUCUCACUUCCUCCUGCACGUCUCACUUCCUCCUGCGCGUCUCACGUCCUCCUGCACGUCUCACUUCCUCCUGCACGUCUCACUUCCUCCAGCAUGUAUCACUUCCUCCUGCACGCCUCACUUCCUCCUGCACGUCUCACUUCCUCCUGCACGUCUCACUUCCUCCUGCACUCACGUCUCACUUCCUCUUGCACGUCUCACUUCCUCCUGCACGCCUCACUUCCUCCUGCACGCCUCACUUAUUCCUGCACGCCUCACUUCCUCCUGCAUGUCUCACUUCCUCCUGCACGUCUCACUUCCUCCUUCACGUCUCACUUCCUCCUGCAUGUCUCACUUCCUCCUGCAUGUCUCACUUCCUCCUGCACGUCUCACUUCCUCCUGCAUGCCUCACUUCCUCCUGCACGUCUCACUUCCUCCUGCUCGUCUCACUUCCUCCUGCACGCCUCACUUCCUCCUGCACGCCUCACUUAUUCCUGCACCGCCUCACUUCCUCCUGCAUGUCUCACUUCCUCCUGCACGUCUCACUUCCUCCUUCACGUCUCACUUCCUCCUGCAUGUCUCACUUCCUCCUGCAUGUCUCACUUCCUCCUGCACGUCUCACUUCCUCCUGCAUGCCUCACUUCCUCCUGCACGUCUCACUUCCUCCUGCUCGUCUCACUUCCUCCUGCACGCCUCACUUCCUCCUGCACGCCUCACUUCCUCCUGCAUGCCUCACUUCCUCCUGCACGCCUCACUUCCUCCUGCACGUCUCACUUCCUCCUGCACGCCUCACUUCCUCCUGCACGUCUCACUUCCUCCUGCACGUCUCACUUCCUCCAGCAUGUAUCACUUCCUCCUGCUCGUCUCACUUCCUCCUGCACGCCUCACUUCCUCCUGCACGUCUCACUUCCUCCUGCACGUCUCACUUCCUCCAGCAUGUAUCACUUCCUCCUGCAGACACAGGGAACAAACACUCCAAAUGCAUGUUAAGUGGUGCUCUAAAUCAUCCCGGGCGUCUGGCUCCGCGGCUGCGCAGACAAAGUAAUGUAUUCAUAAGUGAGGUGUGUGUCGACAGCUGCUGA